UUUUACGAAGUUGUGAAUCAUGCAUUGUGAUAUUAUUCUAUAGCCUAACUUGUAUAUUAUUACUAAAGCAACAUUACAAAUAUUAUGUAAUGCUACGUGACUUUCCAUUUUUACUUCAACAUUUCUAUAUUUAUCUUCAUCUCUUCAUAUUGAACAUUGUAAUAAAAUAUUAUGAAAUCGAAGAAUUUACGGUUUACAUUUGUUACAACUACCAUAUUAUAUCUAUUAAAAUACUACACGGUAAUUUUGAAGGGUCGAUCGUCAAGAUCGUCCCGUUUCUUUUACUGUUCUACGAUUGGUAAUCGUUUAGUUGGUAUCCAAUUGAAAUCAUUUGAUCGAUCGUUUCUCUUCGCUCUCCUUUGCAACUUUCAAUAUUUUCGUGUAGUAGAAGGAAAUCAAGCGAAGAGAUCGAAUCGGGAUCGAUGUAGAAGCCUCGAGAACACGGAGAAGCCGAGUAUGAUUGGUAAGGUUGAAUAUUUGGAAAAAUAUUCGGUGGCACCACCACCUAGCAGAGACUACUAUGGCCUUAAAAUUCUUCAAAACGAGGUGAUACUCUAUAUCUGGAAAAUAUCUCACGGACCUCACAAGACGCCGAUUUCUCGUUGCACCAAGUUUUUUGAAUUCGAUCAGGACAAAUCUUUGCAGGAAGAUAUAAGUCGAUCUUUCGGUGAGCACGUCGUAAAUUACGUUAAAAGUAUCGCAGAAGGAAAAGGGAAUACGCUUUUGACGUUACCACGAUCUUCGAUCAGUAAAAUCGUUGAAUUUCUAAAGUUUAAAGAUAUCGUCAAUUUAUCUUCUUUGUCACGCAUUGCGAACGUAGUAAGUAAUCGAUGCGAUUCGCGAAAGGAAAUUUUCAAUGACUUAUUAACGAUCAGGUCUUUAGCGAUAAUUUUAUCUGGGAAGCUUUAUAUAGAAGGCACAAGAGGUUUAAUAUUCGUAGAGAGGAAAGAGAAUACGCUAUGGCUUAUGGUUGGAAACAAGCUUUCAAAGAAAAACAAAUGGCGAUUUCUGCCGAUACCAGGAUCGACGACCAAAUAUGAAAAUUUGAAAAUGCAGCAUCGAUUGACUAAAUCCAUAAGCGGACCAUUAAAAACUGUAUCCAAAGCAUCAAGUUCGUCUAUGAGCAGCGAGACUGUAACACCCUUGCAAAUUACUCAGAAAAAUGCAGAGACGAAUUUAACGAAAUCAUUUAGAAAUAAUAAGAUCGAUAACUCCGCUAAAAUGAUUCAAAUGGACAAGAAAAUAAAUACAAACAUCAAGAAGGUCAAUAACGCGAAAGUAAAUAAAACUCAAAAUGUAAAGGGUGUAAAAAAAGAAAAAUCGAAUGUACGGAAAAUAGAAUCGAAGCACGACGUUCGUGAAUCAUUUUCUGAUUCGAUGACGGUCACUCAAAAAAAUAGUACAAUGCAACGAAAUAAGAAAUCUGUUAUCACCGCGAAAAAUACUAAUAUGACUAUGGAUAUAACGGGGAAAGGUAAAUUCGGUGAUUCGAAAAAGAAUGUACAUAGUAAAAGUACUGCAUCGAUAAUAAAAUCGAACGACGGGGUUUCGAUUGGUCAACAAAUUAAAAACAAAUCUCGACCUAAAAAUAAAACCAAGGGAAAAGUAUUAACACAAGAUAAUCCGAUGAUUUUAAGUACUGAUAGAUCUUUUUUGGACGAAUCGUUGGUCAUGAAGAAUGAAAAUUUCGAGUUGGCUUAUCUGAUAGAGGAAAGUCUAAAGAGAAUUCGUAGUCCUAGGACAGUAUUCGAUUACGAUUUCAGUUAUCUCAAUAAUUCGAAAACUUCCUCUGAUCCAACGAAAAAGAUAGAGGAAACUCGUAAAACAAUAAGUACGAUGAAAGAUUCGAAGCGAGAUCAAAGUAAUACAAAACUCGAUCGUUUAUCGGAAAAUUCUGAUUCCAUGACUACAUUAUCGAAUGAUUCUAUGAUCGACAAUAUUAAGGCGAAUGAAUCGGAUCGUUCUAUGAAUAAAAUUCCAAUGAAAGAAAAAAAUAAAUCCUGGGAUUCGAAAAUGACUGCAUUAUCGAAUGAUUCUAUGAUCGACAAUGUUAAGGCAAAUGAAUCGGAUCGUUCUGCGAAUAAGAUUCCAAUGAGAGAAAAAAACAAAUCUUGGAAUUCGAAAAUUAUUAUUGAUCGAAACGAGACGAUUGAACGUGACACCGAUUUUAAUAAAAAUUCGCCUAAAAAAAGUCCAAAAAUAAUAGAUAAAAUGGAUAAGAAAUAUUCUAUCCCUAAAGAAGUUUUAAAUAAUAUGGAUAUAAUGAAGUCUUUGAGAUCCAGUAAUCCAAUGAUUAGAUCAACCACGACAUCCGGGAAAAAUGUCCCGGCGACUGCUACAAACCGAUUUGCCUUGAAAAAGAGUUUGAAUGAGUUGCGCAAGGAUCAAAUAAUGCAACACAAUUAA